AUGUACGCAGAAGCAGGUGCUGUGGCCGAGGAGACACUUGGAUCUAUACGAACAGUAGCGUCACUGAACGGAGAGAAACGAGCGAUCGACAGAUACAAUGAACGCGCAGUUUUCGUAGAGACGGGAAAUAUUGCAAUUAGCAAGAAAUCUGCCUGUGGGUUUGGCUGUAUGAUGGGCAGUGUCUGGCUCAUGUACGCUGCGGGGCUUUGGUAUGGCGGAUCCAAAGUGGCAAGAGCGGAGGCGUCUCCCGGGACGGUCUUUCAGGCUUUCUUUGGUGUGUUAAUGGGGACGAUCUCACUCUCACAGAUAUCGCCUAAUAUCACUGCCGUCGCUGAAGCGAGAGGUGCUGCUGCGGAGAUUUACAAGAUCCUGGACACCCCGUCAGCCAUUGACGCAUCUAGAGAGCAUGAAGGAGAGAAACCUGACUUCUGCGUCGGAAGAAUUCAAGCUGUUGGUGUGAAUUUCACGUACCCGAGUCGACCGGAUGUGCAGAUUCUGAACGACUACAACGUCACCAUCCAGCCUGGUCAGACUGUCGCCUUUGUAGGUGCGAGUGGAGGUGGCAAGAGUACGCUCAUCUCGCUGCUUGAACGCUUCUAUGAUCCUCAAGAAGGAACUAUCUUACUGGAUGGAAGAGAUGUGAAAACGCUGAAUGUGAAAUGGCUACAGUCACAGAUCGGGCUCGUAUCUCAGGAGCCUGUACUGUUCGCCACUACCAUCUUGGACAACAUUGCAGCGGGUGGGAAUGGCGUCACUCGUGACCAAGUUGUAGCCGCGGCAAAGCUGGCGAAUGCACACACGUUCAUCAUGUCGUUACCAGAGCAGUAUGACACACUAGUAGGUGAGAAGGGUGUGUCGUUGUCGGGUGGUCAGAAGCAGGGUGUAGCCAUCGCUCGAGCGAUUGUCCGUGAACCGAAGAUUCUGGUCCUGGACGAAGCGACGAGUGCCUUGGAUAAUGAGAGCGAGCGUGUAGUUCAAGCGGCUUUGAACGAUCUGAUGAACAAAACUCACGUGACGACGCUGGUGAUUGCGCAUCGCUUGAGUACUAUUCGAAAUGCCGACAAGAUCGUGGUGGUGCAUGCUGGUCACGUAGUGGAGGAAGGGUCUCACGACGAAUUAGUGACGAUCGAGCAUGGCUUGUUCCAGAAUUUAUACAGGAUUCAAGAGGAAAAGGCUCAGGAGGAAGCGGAGGCUGCGGCAACAGCUCUACUUCAAGCUGGUGCUCACGAUAUGAACAUGUAUCGCAAACUAAGCACCCAUUCACUCAAAAGUGAGCGCGUGGAUGACGUUACAGCAAUAAAGGAGGCCGAAAAGGACGCAGCAGAAGGAAAAUUUACGAUUGUAGACGCGCUGGAGUUUAGUCGACCAGAGCGCAAGUUCUUCGUUACCGGACCCGUUGCGGCCGGUAUCAACGGCUUCUCCAUGCCCUACUCCGCUGUACUAAUCAGUGAAAUGGUCGCGAGUAUGACUUCAGCGUACACCGACUACCAGACGUUCGGCCUUCAGUCGUAUCUAAAUAAUCUCUCGAGUGAUAUCUCCAUUUAUGGUGUGUGUUACAUCGCUGGCGCUGUACUGUUAUUCUUCACGAACGCUACUCAGAACUUCUGUUUCCGCUACAUGGCUGAGAAGCUAACGUCCAGACUGCGAGACAUUCACUUCUCGGCGCUAUGCCGCCAGAAUAUCGGCUUCUUUGACGAAAAGAAGAACGCUACUGGAGCUCUUGCAGCCGAUUUAUCGACCAAUGCGACAAAAGUUGCGAUAAUUUCCGGAGAUUCCCAAGGUCGAGUGGUGCAGGCUGCGUUUACGUUUAUUGCCGCGUUGGUUAUCUCGUUCACGACGGGUAGUUGUUGGCUGCUGACGCUCGUGAUGCUCGCCGUGUUCCCUCUUCUUAUAAUGGGGCAAGUUAUCCGUAUGAAACAUGUCCGUAAGGGUAAUAUCCUAUCGGAUGAGCUGGCGGAUGUGGGUGCACACGCCUCCGAAGCGCUUACCAACGUCCGUACCGUCGUUUACAUGGGUUUGGAGCCAAAUAUGACGGAUACAUUCAACGAUUUACUGGAGGAACCUCUGGCCAGUGGACGCCUAGAAGCUCGGCUGAAUGGCGUGGCGCUGGGGUUCAGCUCGUUUAUCGUCUUCGCAACGUACGCUCUUGUCUUCUGGUACGGCGGCAAGCUGGUCGAUGGAGGAGAUAUUACGUUUUCUAGGCUCAUUCGUACAUCAUGA